AAAACUUCGAAAGGCAAGUUGUAUUUGGCUUUCACGCGCAGGAGGGAGAGGGAGGGAGAGAGAGAGGGGGAGAGAGGAUUGGGGAUGGCGGCUAUUCGAUCGGCCCUGGCGCUGCUCGGCCGCCGUAGCUGCGGUCCUUCUAGAUCCGCGGCGGUCGCUUCUUUGGGCGGAACAGGGUUGGAGAUGCACCAAGUCUUCCGCCCGGCGGCGCCAAGGACGCCGCCGCUGCCGUCUCUUCUCCCGGCCCGCCAUAGCCUUGAGAGCUAUCGGCGUCUCUCAACUGGGGGUAGGGUGCCGGCAGACAAAGCUGAGAAAUGGUGGCAACGGCCCGAGGUCCGCUUUUGGUAUUCAGUGAUUGUUUUAGGCUCAACAAUGUGCUACAUCGUGAAGGUGAGGAUGUCAUGAAGAUCCCCAGGACUGGAUCAUCAAGCGGCCAGGCUUGAUUGCAUUUUCGGAGUUUACCUUUAGCAUGCUGUCUCUUAUGCCUCAAGUCAGCGGAGUUGUGAUGUCCUCCCUCCGUUGUUUUAGCUUUUUUUAAUUCAUAGUGUUUAUUAUAGACACAUAUAUUUAGGUGAAUAGUUAAAAUUAUGCAUUUAAAAAGUCAAAACGAUCUUGGGACGGAGAUGGAGGGAGCGAGGAGGCUUAUCUCGGAACUAUUCUUUUUGUCUGAUUCAAUUUCACCGUCUUUGAGGUGAC